ACGCGGCGUCCCUUUCCUUCAACACUUUCAACACUUUCGCUACAACACAUUUUCACUUAUAUUUAUUUUCUAUAAACUUUUUUUAUUAUUAGUAUAAUAAGUUUUGAUUUUUAAUUAUAAACAAAUAAAAUGUUACAGUUCGAAUUCACUCUUUAAAACUGAACAAAUAAAAUGUUGCAGUUCCAAUCUUGUAUUUGAUUUUUCUAAAUCUAAUAUCUCUGCGCACAGCUAUCAUCUUUUCGUGCAGAACCAUAACCGAUCUGACUAUAGUAUAAGCUUCUAUUCUCUUAUUCUCUUUCAUUUUCUAAGAAUAUCAUUUUCACAGUGAAAAGUAACAAAAAAAACCGUGAACACUUUUUUUUUCAGCUACUAAUUCAUUUUCGUUCACUCUCUUUCACACUUAACCAAACACUUCUUCCUUUCUUACUUCUUUCUCUUAACCGAAGAAUCGUUAAGCAAUGAACCUUCAGAUCUCGUUUUGAUUCGAUUUCUUCAAGAAGAAUUUACAGUGAGAGUGGUUCAUGGAAUCAAGGAUAUGAAGUUUUAUAUAUCUGCAAAGGGAAUUAAGAGAUUCACGAUAUCGAACGGCGGAGGUAAGGGAUCAGCUAAGGAUACAUCGGGGACGGCGGCGGCAGGUGGUCCGACUGUAACUGCCUCUUCCAGUCGCCGGAUUUCACUCCGGACGGUGCUUCCGGUGGUGUUAGUGCUCGGAAUCGUUCUACCGUUUAUUUUUGUUAGAGUCGCGAUCUUGGUGCUGGAAUCUGCUACUUUCUGUUCAUCAUUGGAGUGUGCUGGGUGGAGGUUUUUCAGUGGAGCUGACACGUCAUUGAAACUCAGAGAUGAGCUAACCAGAGCGCUAAUGGAAGCAAAUGAUGGAAGUGUUAAUGAUAAUGAAGGAAUAGCUUCAUUCAACGAACUUGUUAAAGAGAUGGUCUUAAAACAAGACCUCAAAGCUUUUGCUUUCAAGACCAAAGCAAUGUUAUUACAGAUGGAGCACAAGGUGCAAAGAGCAAAACAGCAGGAGUCAGUUUAUUGGCAUCUUGCUUCACAUGGUGUUCCCCAAAGUCUGCAUUGUCUUUGUCUUAAGUUGGCUGAAGAAUAUGCCGUAAAUGCCAUCGCUCGAUCUAGCCUACCUCCUCCUGAAUUCGCUUCUCGCCUUUCUGACCCAACUCUGCAUCACCUAGUUCUCCUAACUGAUAAUGUCCUUGCUGCCUCUGUUGUUGUAACUUCUACAGUUGAAAAUUCAGCCAACCCUGAAAAAUUAGUUUUUCAUGUUGUUACCGACAAAAAGACCUACGCUUCAAUGCAUGCUUGGUUUGCUACCAAUUCUAUUCAGUCAGCUAUUGUGGAAGUUAGGGGAUUACACCAAUAUGAUUGGUCUGAAGAAAUGAAUUCUGGUGUUAAAGAGAUGCUGGAAACUAAUCACUUAAUUUGGAAGCACUACUACGAUAAGGAAAAGAACAUCGAUUAUAGUAAUUUGAACGCUCUACGGCCCAGCAGCCUUUCCUUGAUGAAUCAACUUCGCAUUUAUAUCCCCGAGCUCUUUCCGGAUCUUAAAAAGAUAGUGUUCUUGGAUGAUGAUGUUGUUGUACAGCAUGACAUAUCUUCUUUAUGGGACUUAGAUCUUAACGGUAAAGUCAGUGGUUCCGUAUUCAAGUCAUGGUGUGAAGACGACUGCUGCCCUGGAAGUAAAUACAUGAACUACUUGAACUUUUCAGAUCCUCUCAUAUCAUCUAAUUUUGAUAAUGAACAGUGUGGAUGGCUUUACGGCAUGAAUGUAUUUGAUCUUGAUGCUUGGCGAAGAACAAACAUAACCGAGACCUACCGAAAAUGGUUGAAACUUAACCUCGAGUCAGGGACAGCAUUGUGGAAUCCAGGAGUGCUUUCACCUGCAUUGAUUGCAUUUGACGGUCAAGUGCAUCCAAUAGAUCCAUCAAUGAUUGUGACAGAUUUAGGUUAUCGUUAUCGAUCAGAAGAAAUUAGCAAAGAGAGUCUAGAAGCUGCUUCUGUUAUCCAUUUCAGUGGUCCUGCAAAGCCAUGGCUUGAAAUUGGUUUCCCAGAAUAUAGAAGAUUAUGGAGUAGAUAUGUAAAUUCCUCUAAUAAGUUUAUAAGGAGAUGUAGAAUUAUAAGGUGAAGGAACAAAGUUCUCCCACCGCACCGCAAAUAUUUAUUAAGAUUGCAUGAUUGACACCGUGUUGGAUUAGAGGGAAGAAGCUUCUGCCUUCAGUCUCCGAUUCAUACGUUCUGUAUGAUAUUGAUUAUGCUAUGUUGUUCAUAAUCAUCAUAUACAUAUAUGAAGCUGCCAAGAAAUAUCCUACUGGAAGCAGUAUCUGCAGUUAAGAAAGAUAUAAUGCAUCGUUGAUCUAGCCGUCAUCUGACAAUACUGUAAAUUUGUUCUUGAAAUGGAGAAAUUGAUUCGUAUGUUUUGAAGUUUCAUCGAGACGGUUCUGAAGUCUUGUUGCAUAAAAUCUAGAUAAUAACUUACAGGCAGGUUUAGAUUUCAUCAUUUUGGUCUUGUAAGUACCAUUGUUGGAUUAGAGCCAUCAAAUUUAGUUUAUAUAUCAUUGUUGCUUUACUUACAUUUGUUAUUUUGCUAUUUUUGUGUAUUUGCUAAGAACACAAGAAACAGUGAAAAAGUAACAUGUAUACAGAUGUAACUGAUAUAAAAUCAAAAGUGAUAUUAAUUGUAUUUAUUUUGGGAAGCUA